AUGGAGCGAGACCGAGACGCGAAGUUGAUCCUCCAGCUUCUUUCCGAAGACCUCGAAGACAUCGAACAUAAACAAAAGGGCAAACAGCGUGCAGGAAAUUUGAGCGACCAUGAAGUUGCCCUAGCCUGUAUGAGAGACGAAAUCCUGGCGGCCCGAACAUCCAUCGAGGACAGUAUCCUGGCCAUCAGCACGAGCGCUGCAAUCGCCACCGAUCAAAAGAUCCUAGCAUCUCUCCGACAGGAAGAAACGCUCGCAACCCAAGACCGUCACUACGCACUUGCCCUCAACGGCGACGAACAACCCCCGGAUGCACCACACGCAGUAGCUGAAGAGCAUAACGAAGAUGCUGUCUCCAUCGCCUUUGGGGACAUCAUGGACCGCGCGGCUACACACAACGAAGCACACAGCAGAACAGCCGCAUCAGCUUCGGCAUCAUCAUCUCGGGCCCCAAUUCCCGGAACGGAGUGUGCAUCCUGCUUUGAGAAGUGCGAGCCCACGCUGUUCAUGGACUUCUGCCGCCACGCCUUCUGCCACGAUUGCACCCGACAGAUGUUCCUCAGAGCCACCAAAGACGAAGAGCUCUACCCCCCGCGCUGCUGCGGCCACAUCGUCACCCCGGGAAUAGCGAUGAGGGUCCUCGACUACGCCGAGCUCCGGUCGUUCAGCGAGAAGGCCAUGGAAUACUCCGCGAAGGACCGCGUGUGGGGUAAGGAGUUCUGUUACGUGUGCGGUCAGGCCUGGAAGACCUGCGACUGUCCCCUUUGGCAUGAGGACCGGCUGGUCGUCGUGGUGAACGAGGCCGUGGAUGAGGAAGUCGCGCCAGACGCGAAUGUUUACCAGCGCCGUAACGCCGCUGCCCGGAUCAGAGAGGAUCUAUUGCACCACGAGGAUAUUGGCUGCGAUCAUCACCGACGGUCCCAAUGGGCUUGGAGAGACAAAGGUUGCGCUGCGAGAUCUGCAACACUUACAUGCGUGCGUACAUAUUUGUAUGCAAGAACUGCCGCAUGA